AUGGUUAUCUUGGACGACUACCUAUCUGUGGCGCAACGACAUUUCGAGCACAUCAGGCCGACCGACGUCAAAAUCGACAUCUUCAAGUCCCAUGUACCUCAAGAUGUAACAAAAGAGAAGAAAGCUCUUGUUGAGCAGCUUCGACCGUAUGAUAUCAUAUCUGCGAUGCGCGAAAGAACGGCGUUUCCUUCCCAAUUGCUGCGCAGCUUGCCAAACCUAAAGCUGCUGCUCUGCACUGGCACACAGUUUGAGACGUUUGACCUCCAAGUUGCAAAAGAGCUCGAUAUCACUGUUGCCGCGGCCCCCGGAAAUGGUCGCACCGACAAACCGGGGCCUACAGGCAAGCCGCUACCAGCUGAUAUCAGAAAGGGGGGCAGCCACCCAACGACACAGCACACUUGGGCGCUGAUUUUGGCUCUCGCCAGAAACGUGGCGUUUGAUGAUGCCGUCGUCAAGUCGGGAGGCUGGCAGUCUAGCCUAGCGAUAGGUCUGUCCGGUAAAACUCUCGGAGUCAUUGGACUGGGUAGGCUGGGCGCGGCUGUGGCAAGAAUCGGUGCUCUGGCUUUCGGUAUGAAGGUCGUUUGCUGGAGCGCAAACCUGGACCAGGACAAGGCAGACCGGGCUGCAGCCGAUCUUGGCCUGCCAAUUGAAAAUGAAUUCGGAGAGAGGACCUUCCAGGUGGUUAGCAAAGAAGAGUUGUUUCGCACUGCGGAUGUAGUCAGCCUGCACUAUGUUCUGAGCGAACGCUCGAGAGGGCUCGUCAACGCAGACACACUGGCCAUCAUGAAGCCGAAUGCGCUACUGGUCAACACCUCACGCAGCGCACUAAUCGACCAAGAUGCGCUAUUGAAUGCAGCGCACCAAGGCAUAAUCCGCGGCAUAGCUAUGGACGUCUUUGAUCAAGAGCCUCUUCCUGAGAGAAACCCCUGGCGCAUCGAACAGUGGGGUGUUGCGGGACGAUCCAAGGUGCUCACGACGCCUCACAUGGGCUACGUCGAUGAAGAUCUCAUGAACAGGUGGUACGAAGAGACGGCCGAGAAUCUGGAGCGGUGGCUAGCAGGUAAAGAGAUUCUGCAUCGCCUAGUAUGA